AACUCCCUCUGAAUCGUGCCGAUUGGUGCUGAGCACGCAACAAAAGUUUGUAGCUUCUCCGCAGUUCCUGGUGCUUGGCAGGGGAGAGGAAAGGACUGUGGCAUCCAACACCGGGAGCAGUCAGGGAGCCGUCUCCUUUAACUUUCCUUACCUGUUAUCAUUUGCAAUGAAGAGGAAACAGAAGAGAUUUCUGCAGAUGACUUUGUUAUUCAUGGUGGCUUUAAUAUUCCUGCCCAACAUUGGUCUCUGGUCUCUGUACAAGGAUAAGCACCUGGUGAAAUCCACCGAGCCUGGGGAGCAGCAGACAUUUCCACUGGGCCUGGGAGAUGGGCAAUUCUAUGCAUGGACAGAUGGUUUGAGAAGAAAAGACUGGCAUGACUAUGAAAGCAUUCAGAAAGAGGCUAUGCGCUCAGGGAAGGGUGAGCACGGGAAACCUUACCCCCUCACUGAAGACGACCACGAUGACUCAGCUUACAGGGAAAAUGGUUUCAAUAUUUUUGUCAGCAACAAUAUCGCUCUGGAGAGGUCUCUGCCCGACAUUCGUCAUGCUAAUUGUAAGCACAAGCUGUACCUGGAAAUACUGCCAAACACCAGCAUCAUUAUCCCAUUUCAUAAUGAAGGUUGGACUUCACUCCUGCGUACCAUACACAGUAUAAUUAACCGAACCCCGGAGAGUCUGAUAGCAGAAAUCAUUCUAGUAGAUGACUUCAGUGAUAGAGAACACCUGAAGGAGAAGUUAGAGGAGUACAUGGCCCGGUUUUCCAAAGUGAGGAUCGUUCGCACCAAGAAAAGGGAAGGGCUCAUCCGGACCCGCCUCCUGGGGGCGUCCAUGGCCAGAGGAGAAGUCCUGACCUUCCUGGACUCCCACUGCGAGGUCAACGUGAACUGGCUGCCCCCGCUCCUGAACCAAAUUGCACUAAACCACAAAACCAUCGUGUGCCCCAUGAUCGAUGUCAUUGACCACAAUCACUUUGGGUAUGAGGCACAAGCUGGGGAUGCCAUGCGAGGCGCCUUCGACUGGGAAAUGUACUACAAAAGAAUCCCCAUCCCUCCAGAGCUCCAGAGGGCAGAUCCCAGCGACCCUUUUGAGUCUCCUGUGAUGGCUGGAGGUCUCUUUGCUGUGAAUCGCAAAUGGUUUUGGGAGUUAGGUGGCUAUGAUCCAGGUUUAGAAAUCUGGGGAGGAGAACAGUAUGAAAUCUCUUUUAAGGUUUGGAUGUGUGGAGGAGAAAUGUUCGAUGUUCCAUGUUCUAGAGUUGGUCAUAUCUACAGGAAGUACGUCCCUUAUAAAGUUCCAUCUGGGACCAGCCUGGCAAGAAACCUGAAGCGGGUGGCGGAGACCUGGAUGGACGAAUUUGCCGAGUACAUUUACCAGCGUCGCCCGGAGUACAGGCACCUCUCCACGGGGGACAUCUCCGCCCAGAAGGAGUUGCGCAAACAGCUCAAGUGCAAGGACUUCAAGUGGUUCAUGGCGGCUGUGGCCUGGGAUGUGCCCAAGUACUACCCUCCCGUGGAGCCCCCACCUGCUGCCUGGGGAGAGAUUCGAAACGUGGCAGCCAAUCUCUGUGUGGACAGCAAGCAUGGAGCCACGGGAACCGAGCUCAGGCUGGACAUCUGUGUCAAGGAUGGCUCUGAAAGGACAUGGUCUCAUGAGCAGCUCUUUACUUUUGGAUGGAGAGAAGACAUUCGACCUGGUGAGCCACUGCACACCCGAAAGUUCUGCUUUGACGCGAUCUCGCACAGCAGCCCGGUCACUCUCUAUGACUGUCACGGCAUGAAGGGGAACCAGCUCUGGGGCUACCGGAAGGACAGAACGUUAUUCCAUCCUGUGAGCAACAGCUGCAUGGAUUGCAACCCCGCAGAGAAGAAGAUUUUCAUGGCCAGAUGUGACCCCCUAUCUGAGACUCAGCAGUGGAUUUUUGAACAUAUUAAUAUGACUGUUUUAGAAAAAUUUAACCACCAUGCCAGCUCCUAGAAGGAAAGAAGAAGGAGUGAUGACCUCCAGAUUCUAAAAAAAAACUAAAAUUUCUCCAGCACCGGGGUGGAAGGCAUCGGGAAUAACAUUUCCUCGAUCUAGGAAGCCUGGUUUAAAGGCCCGUCAAUGCCAUGUCAAAGUAGGUUGUCCUGGAGAACUUCCUGCAUCUGAAGAACUUGGCGGAGAACCUCACCAGCUGCUUCUGAGAACUUGAGACUAGCAGUUCCCUUGCUGGCCAAGGGGGAAGAUUAUUUAGGGAUGUUUCAAAACAACUGCUGAGUUAAUAAAUCCUAGCAUUUCUCAGGUCAAA